AUGGGCAAGGACAAGGUCGAAAAGGAGAAGAAGCGCGCUGAGAAGAAGGAGAAGCGUUCCGACAAGGACGGCGUUGCCAAGCCCAAGAAGGAAAAGAAGGAAAAGAAGGACAAGUCCGCUCUCGCCGAUGCGGUAGAGAAGGAGAUCACUAGCCAAGUCCUCGAGGGACUGGACCAGGCCGCCGCCGCCGGUGUCGCCGACGUUGAGGUUGAUGCCAUGGCCAUCGACCGCCCCGUUGGUGCCGUUGUGCCUUUCGCCAACCCUCUGGUUGAGGACAAGCAGGCCAAGAAGGUUCUCAAGACCGUCAAGAAGGCUGCCGUCAACAAGUCUCUCAAGCGCGGUGUCAAGGAGGUCGUCAAGGCUCUCCGCAAGUCCGCCAUCCCCGCCGCUAACGCCUCCAUCGAUACUCCCUCCGCGGUCGUCAUUCUUGCCGCUGACAUCUCCCCCAUGGACGUCAUCUCUCACAUCCCCGUUCUGUGCGAAGACCACGGUAUUCCCUACGUUUUCGUCACUUCCCGCGCUGAGCUCGGUGCCUCCGCCGCUACCAAGCGUCCCACUAGUGUGGUCAUGGUGACCCCCAAGUCGGCUGGCAAGAACAAGGAUGCCGAUAGCGAGGACUUCAGCGGAGUCUUUGAGGAGUUGGCCAAGCUUGCCAAGAAGGAGUGCGAGAAGCUGACCGUUUAA